GCACCAGCAACUCUGACCUGGGCAGCUUCCUGAGGAGAUGCAGCCACUUCUGCUCCUUAUGGCCUUUCUUCUGGCUCCCAAGGCGCAGGCAGGGAAAAUCAUCGGGGGUCAUGAGGUCAAGCCUCACUCUCGUCCCUACAUGGCAUUUCUUCAGAUCGGUACUGCAGGCAGAAAAAGAUGUGGGGGUUUCCUUGUGCGUGAGGACUUUGUGCUGACAGCAGCCCACUGCUAGGGAAGAUCCAUCACAGUCAUCCUGGGCGCCCACAACAUCAGCAAGCACGAGAGGACCCAGCAGGUCAUCCCAGUGAAAACCGCCAUCCGCCACCCAAACUAUCACCCCAAAGUCAAUGACAUCAUGUUGCUGCAGCUGCAAAGGAAGGCCAACCUGACUGCCGCCGUGAGCCUCCUCAGGCUGCCCAGGAGGGGAGAGCAGGUGAAGCCAGGGAUGGUGUGCAGAGUGGCUGGCUGCAGGCAACUCUACCUGAGCACCAGCACAGCCACACUGCAUGAGGUAGAGCUGGAAAUCCAACCAGAUGAGCAGUGCAUCUCUUGCUACAGAUGCCGUUACAACAGAGCCACAGAGAUCUGUGUGGGAGACCCAGAAAUGAAUCAGUCUACUUAUAAGGUGAGAUCUCCAGCAUCAUCCAUGCCCAGCCAAAACCGGUUUGCUCAGUGGAUAGAGCAUUGGGCUGUAUCUCCUGUGACUCUACCCCCACCCCCACUCCCAGACCCCACUCUGCUCUCAGUGCACGUCAGGCAGUGUCACCUGGGGGCCCACACCAUCAAGGAGCAGGGGAAGACCCAGCAGGUCAUCCUGGUGAAAAGAGCCAUCCUGCACCCAAACUAUAAUCCUAAGAGCUUCUCCAAAGACAUCAUGUUACUGCAGGCCCAGGGAACUUUCUCCUGUGGAGAAAAGAAACCUCCAGGAGUCUUCAUGAACGACUCAUACUUCCUCCCCUCGAUACAGAGAACAAUGAAGAGCCUCUAA